GGGAAUUCUUGAGCCUGGUGGUCAAGCUGUUCUAUCUUCUGCCCGAUGGAAGAGGGGAGAAGUGAGAAUGUCCAGGGUGGGUGAGGUCUUUGAUUAUGCUGGCUGCUUUGCAGAGGCAGCGAGAAAUGUAGACAGAGCCCGUGAAGGGGAGGCCGGUUUCUGUGAUUUGCUGAGCCAUGUCCACAACUCAAAGUGCUGGAAACUCAAGUUCAAGUUCAACUUUAUUGUUAUUUAAACAUACGCAUGUACACAGCUAAAUGAAACAAUGUUCCUCUGGGACCAAGGUGCAGAAUAGAGUACACAGACUCACACACUGCACAUAUAGUUACAAUCCAAAACAUACAGUCACAAAAUAAUACUAGUACAAGUCUCUGAAUUUUAGUUGUCUCUCUACAGGUACAGCCUGACCUUACAAGUAUUUCCAAUAUUCGUUUUAUUUCUUUAAUUUUCUAGUUUUAUUUUGCUUUGAUUCAAGAUUGUUUAAUGUCAUUUUCAAUACACAAAUGUAAUGGAAAACUAAAUAAGUGUUCCUCUGGAUUCGAUGCAGCUCAAAAUAAACAGUAGGAUAUGAUACACAGUAAUGUUUUAGAAGUACAGUAAAUAUAAAUACAUAGGAUAGCUUAUAUACAUAGAUUAAUUGUAUAUUCAUAAAGUGACGGUAGGCACAGAAGCGUCUGUACAUAAGGUCUCUGACAGGAAAUGAUAAAAUAGUGGCAAUUUUAAAUUUGUAAUUUAAAGAUUUUUUCCCCCAUCAAAAACAACUGUUUUGGGGAAAGGUUCAAAUCCAAGAUCAAGUGCAUGGUGGUAAGUCAAAGGCGUCUGUAUCUGUCAGUACAGGUUUCCUACCCUGACUGAAGUUGUGACCGUUCUUUCUCCGCACGUAAACACGUCCUCCGGUUCUGGCAGAACCUGCAAAUCCAGUCCAGGCUUUCGCAGCGACCCCGCCUCUUCGUUGCAACGGUGCCAGAUUAAUUUAAAUGUAUCUGCUCAAGUGGAGAUAAUCAAUGCAAAAUCAGUGUGACUGUGCCGCACAAAUAGGGUAUGUUUGAUUCACAAAGCGGCCUGAGCCCUCGGAGGUCUGGCCGUUCAUCGGUCUCCUUGCAAAACCUUUCUCCGCCUUGAGAAAUGCAAGUCACAAAUAGUCGCUGAGUGAAUGUCUACCUCGCUUUGUCCGGAGCAUCUCAGACCUGCUGGACCUGUCUUGUAGAAAGGGGGUCUGUCGACGCUGAGUCCAUGAAUUCACUGCCCUCCCUUGUCUGGACUGUCACCUUAGCUCCACACGUCAGCAGAGGAAGGUGUUGACCUGCGGAGGUGGGAGCAGCAGUUGAGCCUGGAGUCAAGAGUCUGGAAGAUGGACAUGGCGAGACUUUGUGUGGCUCCUUGUGGAUUCCGCGACACUCCAACAAGAUGCUGAAGUCUACAACAUCUAAAUGUGACUUGAAGUGUUAUGAAGGAAGUCAUUAACAUUUGUUCCAUGAGAGGCCAAUAAACUGACGUGCGAAACAGUGUCUGCCAAGAGAAAAAAUAAGAUUAAAGGAUCAGAAGAUGUCAUCAUCUGUCUGGAAGCUUUGGGUCUUGUGGUGGUUUAUUGUCCUUGGUGGGUGGAUACCGUUCACAAAAGCUAAGACCAUAAGUCACAAGAGCAGAGCUGGACCAUACAAUCGUGGCUGAUCUUCUAAGAUGGCGUAUGGUGUGUCGACCUCCUCUAGUUCAAGAGCACCGGGCUUCAGCCGAGCUGCCUUGCCUUUUGGCUUGGUCAGACGAGAACUGUCCUGUGAAGGUUACCCCAUCGACCUUCGUUGUCCCGGGAGCGAUGUCAUCGUGAUCGAGAGCGCCAACUACGGACGGACGGACAACAAGAUCUGCGAUGCUGACCUCUUCCAAAUGGAGAAUGUGGAGUGUUACCUCCCGGAUGCUUUCAAGAUCAUGACGCAGAGGUGCAACAACCGAACGCAGUGCAUCGUGAUCACAGGAUCUGAUGUAUUUCCGGACCCCUGCCCUGGAACGUACAAGUACCUUGAGGUUCAAUAUGAAUGUGUGCCCUACAUUUUUGUGUGCCCCGGGACGCUGAAAGGGAUUGUGGAGUCAGCCUACGUAACGGAGGCUGAGCAGCAGUCUGGUGCCUGGUGUAAAGACCCACUACAGGCUGGGGACAAGAUCUACUACAUGCCAUGGACGCCGUACCGCACGGACACGCUGAUGGAGUAUGCCUCACUGGAGGACUUCACCUCAGGCCGCCACACCACCACCUACAAGCUGCCCCACCGCGUCGACGGAACCGGCUUUGUGGUGUAUGAUGGGGCGGUCUUCUUCAACAAGGAGCGGACGAGGAACAUUGUCAAGUUCGACCUGCGGACCCGGAUCAAGAGUGGCGAGGCCAUUAUUGCCAACGCCAACUACCACGACACCUCGCCCUACAGGUGGGGGGGCAAGUCUGACAUCGACCUGGCGGUGGACGAGAACGGCCUGUGGGUCAUCUACGCCACCGAGCAGAACAAUGGGAUGAUGGUGGUCAGCCAGCUCAACCCGUACACGCUGCGGUUCGAGGGCACCUGGGACACAUCGUACGACAAGCGCUCAGCCUCCAACGCUUUCAUGAUCUGUGGCGUGCUCUACGUGGUCCGGUCGGUGUAUGAGGACAACGAGAGUGAGACAGGCAAGAACUCCAUUGACUAUGCCUACAACACUAACCUCAACAGAGAGGAGUACGUGGACAUCCCCUUUCCCAACCCCUACCAGCACGUGGCUGCUGUGGAUUACAAUCCACGGGACAAUCUGCUGUAUGUCUGGAAUAACUACUUCAUACUGCGGUACACACUGGAAUUUGGACCUCCCGACCCAGCACAAGUGCCAACAACAGUGGAGACGACUGCUCCGGGGGUGACGCGUGCCAAGACCACUGCUGUGACCACAACUACCAGCACUGCUGAGAGAGCUCUGGCCACCACUACCCUGGCAGCAGGCACCAAGGAGGGCGGCCAAGGGGCCAGGCCGGGGCUUCACGGUGUGGGCACAAGGCCGCCCCCGGUGUCCAGUACCUUCCCACUCCCCGAGAGGUUCUGUGAAGUUACGGAAGCCAGGGGCAUAGGUUGGCCUCGGAGCCAGAGAGGUACCAUGGUGGAACGCCCCUGUCCCAAAGGCACUCGAGGCACAGCCACUUACCUCUGUGUAAUCACCACUGGCACGUGGAACCCAAAGGGUCCGGACUUGAGCAACUGUACCUCGCACUGGGUGAACCAAGUGGCUCAGAAGAUCAGGAGCGGGGAGAAUGCUGCUAACCUAGCAAAUGAGCUGGCUAAGCACACCAAAGGGCCCAUUUACGCGGGAGAUGUCAGCUCGUCGGUCAGGCUUAUGGAGCAACUGGUCGACAUCCUGGAUGCCCAGCUCCAGGAACUGCGGCCAAGCGAGAAGGACACUCUGGGGCGCAGCUUUACCAAGGCCAUCGUGGACACUGUAGACAACCUGCUGAGACCGGAGGCACUGCAGUCCUGGAGGGACAUGAACACCACUGAGCAGGCCCAUGCUGCCACCCUGCUCCUCGACACCCUGGAGGAGGGAGCCUUUGUCCUCGCAGACAACCUCAUCGAGCCAACGACUGUCACGGUGCCCACUGAGAACAUAGUGCUGGAGGUCGGUGUGUUGAGCACAGAAGGCCAAGUUAAGGACCUGAAAUUUCCCCAGGGUUACAUGGGAGGAAACUCCAUUCAGCUUUCUGGAAACACCAUUAAACAGAACAGUCGAACUGCAAAGUUGGUGUUUACACUGUACAAAAGUUUGGGGCAGUUCCUGACCACGGAGAAUGCAACAAUCAAGGUGGCAGGGGACGGUACUGGGCGGAACUACACCGUUGCGGUGAACUCACAUAUCAUCGCCGCGUCGAUCAACAAGGAGUCGAGCCGCAUCUAUGUGACAGAGCCGGUGGUCUUCACAUUGGAACACAUUGAUCCUGAUAACUACUUCAAUGCAAAUUGUUCAUUCUGGAGCUACUCGGAACGCACGAUGAUGGGGUUUUGGUCCACUCAGGGCUGUAAGCUGAUCGAUACCAACAGGACCCACACAAAGUGCGAAUGCAGGCACUUGACCAAUUUUGCCAUCAUCAUGGCCCACAAGGAGAUUGAGUUCACCAACGAAAUGCAUGAACUAAUCCUCUCCAUGAUCACCUGGGUGGGAAUCAUCAUCUCCCUCGUCUGCCUGGGCAUUUGCAUCUUCACCUUCUGCUUCUUCCGAGGCCUCCAAAGCGACCGGAACACCAUCCACAAGAACCUGUGCAUCAAUCUGUUUGUCGCGGAAUUCAUCUUCCUGGUGGGCGUCAACAAGGUGAACUACCAGAUCGCCUGCUCCAUUUUUGCUGGGGUUCUACAUUUCUUCUUCCUGGCUGCCUUCAUCUGGAUGUGCUUAGAAGGUGUGCAGCUCUAUCUGAUGCUGGUGGAGGUCUUUGAGAGCGAAUACUCUCGGAAAAAAUACUUCUACCUCUGCGGCUACCUCAUUCCCGCUAUUAUCGUCGGAGUCUCAGCGGCCAUCGACUACAAGAGCUACGGGACGGAGAAAGCUUGCUGGCUCAGGAACGAUAAUCAUUUCAUCUGGAGUUUCAUUGGACCAGUUACGUUCAUCAUUGUGGUCAACAUCUUCUUCCUGAUCGUCACCGUCUACAAAAUGGUGAAGCACACACCAACACUGAAACCUGACUCGAGCAGGUUGGAGAACAUCAAGUCCUGGGUUAUGGGUGCCUUUGCUCUUCUCUGUUUGCUCGGCUUGGCUUGGGGAUUUGGUUUGCUCUUCAUCAACGAAGAGUCCAUCGUCAUGGCCUAUCUCUUCACAAUCUUCAACACUUUCCAGGGGAUGUUUAUUUUUAUAUUUCACUGUGCUCUGCAGAAAAAGGUCCGCAAGGAAUACCUGAAGUGUUUCCGUUAUGCUAACUGCUGCGGCAGGCUCACCACCGAGAGCUCGCACAGCUCAGCAAAGCCCUCCACCAACAGGACCAGUGCCCGCUACUCCUCCGGCAGCCAGAGUCGCAUCAGAAGGAUGUGGAACGACACUGUGCGAAAACAAUCAGAAUCUUCCUUUAUCUCAGGUGAAAUCAACAGUACCUCGACGUUAAACCAAGGGAUGACAGGCAAUUAUCUACUAACAAAUCCUCUUCUGCGGCCUCAUGGCACUAACAACCCUUAUAACACCUUGCUUGCCGAAACUGUUGUCUUUAAUGCCCCAUCAGCUGAUGUAUUUAGUUCACCAGGGCCUUCACUGAACAACGGACGGGACGCAAGCACAAUGGACACCCUACCACUUAACGGCAACUUCAACAAUAGCUACUCCAUCCAAAACGGGGACUUCGGCAACGAGAGCGUCCAGGCGCUGGACUGCGGACUGAGCCUGGGGGACACGGCCUUCGAGAAGAUGAUUAUCUCUGAGCUGGUGCACAACAAUCUGAGGGCCGGGGGGCUCAAGGCCCACCAUCCCGAGCGCGGCCUACCCUCCAAGCCGGCGGCGGCCCCUCCAGUGGGGGGGAGCAGCAGCGAGGACGACGCAAUCGUGGCCGACGCCUCGUCCCUGGCGGCCGGUGACCCCAGGCAACCAGAGCUAGAGGCGCCGCUCAUCCCCCAGCGCACUCACUCCCUCCUGUACCAUCAGCAGAAAGGAGAGCAGCCGCGGACUGAGCCGGCCUUCGUCGCCGGCCCCGACGAGCCCUUGCCGUCACCCAACAGAGACUCCCUCUACACAAGCAUGCCCAACCUGAGGGACUCGCCGGACCCAGAAAACAGCCCAGGGCCUGAGGAGGACUUGUCACCUUCCAAGAGGAGCGAGAAUGAGGACCUUUAUUACAAGAGUAUGCCCAACUUGGGUGGCGUGAACCAGCUCCAAACGUACUAUCAGAUCAGCCGGGGCAACAGUGACGGAUAUAUUAUCCCCAUUAACAAGGAGGAAUCCAUCCCGGAGGGGGAUGUGCGGGAACGACAAAUGCAGUUGAUCACCAGUCUGUGAAAUGAAGCGCUCAAAGACUCAGUGAGACAAAAAUACACACACAGACACAUACAGACACAUACAUACACACACACACACACACACACACACACACACACACACACACACACACACACACACAGGAAAACUAAU